AUGUCUCUCAAGGCCUUUUUCCAGAAAAAGUUACUGGACAAAAAAUUUAGUAAACUUGGUCCGGGGCAUACACUUACCGAAUCUGACAAACCGAAGCCAUUGAAGAACAGACCUAGUGACCGCUCGCCCGAACCUGCAUGCUCAGGUCCAUCAGAAGAGGCCUCUAAAGCUGCUGAAGCAGCUCUGACUCGGAUCGCUGUUAAGAAAGCACCUGCAAGUAUAAUUUACCUCCGUAAUCUAUCUGGUUAGGACGUGCAAGAUCUCCUUUAGAUGCAGAAAAAAUAGCUUUCAAUACGCAGUUGAAAGAAGCAGAGGAACUGGCCGCUCGGUUUUCGUCCUCGCAGACUAUACAAGAAAAAAGCGAGAUCUUGAAGCGUGCGAAGUUUUUCGAGCCAUUUUAUUUUACACUGAACUUUGCACAGUCUGUUAAACCAUCAUUUUCUUUUUCUAGAAUUUUAUUAUUGGCAACUAUUGCUAAAAUUGCUCUACAACAGCAGCAGUUGAUAGAGGGCAGAUAUCUAUGACUAUCCCUGAUGAUGGGUUCGAAGUAGAAUCCGAUGAAUCAGGCAAAUGGACUUCUUGUUCCGCUGGUCACAUGCCCUGUGUCUGGAGAGCGGUAUGCCAGCAACGACGCCACGGUGCUAUUGAAGUCUAAAAUAUUCCCUUCCCGCGCUCUCAUUGGUGUAUAGACGAUAUCUAAAUCCAAGCGGACUUGUAUUUAUCGGCUCUUGAAGAGGCCAGUGUUGCCCCGUUCUGGUAUCUAUUCAAAGGCGUGUGAACAUGUACAGGGAAGCUACUUAUUAUCUUGUAAUUUUCCUCCGAUUCAUCAGAUGACCUGCCGACGGGAAUUCGAUCACAUUUUCAAAGGCUUCUUUUUAUAGCCAAGAGAGCCUUCAGAAGGAAAGGACCGGUGGGAGUGCAUAGUGAUGGCGGCAAAGCUGCACUGGCUUGAGGUUGUGACAUAUUACUUUGUUUCUUUACUCACAUAAGCCAUGUGAUCUUGCUGUCUGCAGCUGCUUUAGUCUUCCAACGGUGUUUCUGACGCGCGCCACCGGCAAAGUAUGUCAGUUUCCCUCCUCUGUACACGCCUUUUGUAUUUUGGAACGACAUAAACGACUCACGGUCAGUAAAGAUUUCAAAUGCCUCAGAAACCGGGACAAUUUGUCAGCAACACUAUUCAAAGUCACAGGAUAAUGCCAGCUCAGUGGUUGAUAAGGGUCCAGGUCAGUAGCCGACCACAAUCGAGAACCGAAUUUGGGUCGACCUACAUUGCAGAUAGAAUUUUAACAAGGCGCAUCGUCACAUCAUCGAUUGGCUGACCGCUCGAGUGCUACCGCGGUUGCUCUGGAUGAGGCCAUGAGCGUUAUAGUUGAUUUGGUGUUUUGAUCUGUCGCGCAUCUUAGUUUAAUUUGACUGUGGUCGCAAAUACGCAACCUUGCGAGUUCCGGGAACCAAUCUCCUCACUCUUUUUUAUGGUCUCUUGUAGGUGUUCUCUUCUGCCAUCCUGACAUCCUUGGCAAUGAGUUCACUGGUUCCUAUUCUGAGGUGGACUCUGCCAUCGAACAACAUCUCCUUAGUGAGGUCACAAAUAACCCCUCCGAGGCCACUACUCUCCUCCUCAUACGUGGAAUCGAAUGCAGUCGACCACCCGCCAAUACUGAAGCUGCUGUCGAGGAAACAGAAAUCGACGUCCGUGCAAAGCGACGUCAGAACUUCGUGAAGAUCUUGACGAACAUAAUCAGCCACCCAGAAAACGACAUGUAUCGAAGGCUCCGUGUUUCGAACAAAUUUAUAGCCGACCUUUUGGCAGUGAAGUAUGCGGAGGAUUUUUUCAAGGUACACGGGUGAUUUAAAUGGUCUGGUUUAAUGUAUGUGUAUGCAUAUCUUUGCUUAAUUUGCAAUCAAAAUGCGAUCUUUCCGCCUCCGUUGACUGCCCUUUUAAGCAUCCUCGCUAUCCAAAUUUUAACGGCAACAAUUCAUGCUACAGUUUUUGAUGGCAAUUUCCUGUUUCUUUGCAUUUUUUCUGACAGUAAUCAUGUCAACCUCCCAAAGUGUGUGAAUCAUUACUCCCAAAAAAAUCAAUGGGUUUGCCCGGAUACCUGACGUCAGUUCGUCACAUAAAUUUUAUUUGCUGCCCAUGACGGGAUUCUUAGCCCGAGGCCUUGUACCUCGCGGUCGCAUGUAGAAUAUUCCAGGAAGAGAUAUUCUGCAUGGAGAAAUACGAAAGUAGUGCGAGAGGGGACUUAAGAUGCUAGAAAUAACCCAAAAGCUACCGAUCGUAAAAAUGCCUGGUCAACCGGGUCUGAAUACUAUCAAGGAAGAACGUCUACCGAACUUCACUCACUAUCUUUUACAACUACAAAGGCUGAAUACUGCUUUAAGAACCUAUUGCUGUCUUGGAGGACUGUGUCGAGACGAGUUUUUAACCUACUCUUCGUUGCCGCCAGUUGGAUUUUGGACCGCAGCGAUGUUGUUUUAGCCAGUGGACGGCUGCAUUCGAAGUCGUCGGUGCACUUCACUCAGGCAUCGCUAAUCUGCAUUCCUAUUUCAUACACACAACAGUAGCAACUAAGACGGACUGACCGACCGAUGCUUGGUGCACGCGGGUUUGGUCGAUGAUUGAGGUGAUAUUAAAUCCCACGUAUACCCUCCAUGGCUCGUAAAAACACUGUCAGCGUCUUCCAUUUGAACGAAUACGUCCUCUGUGCUCUACCUGUUUUAGAAUACCUGUCACGAGAUAAAUAGACCUGUACGCUUCCUCAGCUGCGUCUUUUACUGCCAAGAGAUACGAAUUUUUAAUGCGGUAUCCCCCUCAGCUUUGUGAGAACACUUUUUAUUUCCCUAACUCCCUCUGUAGGAUGUUUUGUGAAAUAGUUUUGGCGCCAACAGGGUGAGGUCGAGAUCCCUCAGCCGACGAUCGGAUAUUAGUCCAGCGUCGUCAUAACUGCCUUAAGUAUGUUGGGGAAUCAAGCUAAUGGCGUAAUUAAUCAGGGGGGGGGGGAGAACGUAAUCGUGUCGAACGCUAAUUGUUGGCAUCGCGAGGGAAUCUGAGAAUCUCCAAGUCGGGAUAUCGGGUCUGUCAUCCACCGGCAGGGAAUUCAGCCUUGUUGAAUUUCUUUCUCUUACCACAAAAACGUCGAAACAGCCUGAUAAUGGCCGUGACAUUUCGUGGAGCCGGUGGGAGUCAUUCUCGUUGCUAAAUCUAGCUGAAUAUUUCCAAUUGGGAGACUGUAAGGCUCCUAAAUUGAACCAGUCAUUGCGUCAUCACAGGGUAGAUCCGCGAAUUCUCGUUUUUUUUUUCUCGUGAACCAAUAACAGCAAAUUGUUAUUGUUGCUUACUGCCAUCCUCGACCCAAUCUGCAGGAUGCUCCACUCCUAGCAUGUGUUUUCAAUUUGCGACGGAAUUUGAACGGGUGCCUGCCAUGCUCUUAUCUGAGCUCAGAUUCGAAUUUUGCACUAAUAACCCCUCCGCGGUUUCAUCUUCACUUAUGGAUAAACCACCCAGUGUGGCGACCUUAUUCACAUGAAAGUAUUCCACAGAUCAGCGUUGCUGAACGCUAUCAAGGUGACACCGCAAGCCUCUUCGAGGUCAACCAGCCUGUGCCCUGGUGUAAGUCCGACAUCCUUAAAACCCCACAGAGAACCUGGGCAAGAAUGCAAUUAAGUAGGGUUAAGCACAGAAUGGCACCCUGCCGUGCACCAGACCGAAUGACAGGUAGUUGGGAGGGGUUGUUAUAAGAAAAUAAACGCUCGACAAUUGAUCGAUAUUAGGUGCUUUAUUACAGCUGCAAGGUCUUUCGGCCGGUUGAAACAAGUCACACCUUUUUUACCUCUGUACCGAGAUGAGUCUACCGUUGGCAGUGAAACCUGAAAGCUACUAUGCGCAUUCAGUAACCACAUGACAGUUUUCGGAAAAGCGUGCCGUUUUUUUCAUGCUUGACCUGGCCGCAAGGGACUCACAUAACAAUCUUCUAUCUUCUCAGGUUUGCGGCUUUGUUAGAACCAGUUUACCGGUAUCUCAGAACCCACCGCCGCCGAAUUCAGAGCAGGAUGAGGAGAGCGGUCCCGCAGCACCAGUAACUGAGGACUUCCUGAUCCUUUCUGCGUCUUCAACAGAGGAACUCGCUCACCUUAAAUCAAUGCUGGAGCUUCUGGAGACGGCGCAGCCAGUUGUCCCCCUUGUAUUUCGCGAUACAACUGUUUUGCGGGUAGGACUGCUCAGUCGACUGUUUUUGCAUUUUAUAUGGAUUGACUUUGCAGAUAUCGCGACAUCGGCAGUCGCCGCUGCGUCAGCGUAGACUCGACUGCUUUCAGACCAUCUGACGCUGGCCUUCUCCGUCAUUUCUCAACUAUCAACGUCCUGCAGCACUUGUGCAAGCAUAUUUAAUGAGGGGAAGGCAAGUUUCGGGAGGUAGUUAGGAAGAAGAAGAUGCUGUCAGUGGAACGUUUCAGAUGCUCACUCGAACCCAUGCUCAGAGACAGCUACAGAUAAGGGCGACGGGCUCACAAGAGGUGCAGUAUUUACGGGAUGCAGUUGCCAUGCAACCGCAUCCCACCUUAAUUAUUACAUUCUGCACCCAUCACCAAUAAUUGUAUUGGUGUGAUCAUUGCUUGCUCGCCUACGACGGUUCGACUGUCGAUUCCGACGACAUUCACCGUGUGCCCCACAGCAGGGCGUGCACAGGGACGGCGACUCGUGCACAAACUAGUUUAUAAUGGUAGUAUACACCGCAAUCUCUCUCUCUCUCUCUCUACCCACCUGAGCCCGCAGUUAGGACAAAGAAGACCGGGGCGGAAUGGGACGGGGGUGGCUGACGCGACGCGGGCCUGCAUCUAGGCCGCAACACCCCCAAAUGUGUGGGAGUUGUUGUGUGUGAGCAUUCCCAAGACCACUUGCUGUGCCCUGAUCUGGCCCCCACGUUUUAGGUCAGAGCAGCUUGUGUGACCCAUUGUAAAGGGCAAGCCUGCCCACAGAACUCAUCUCAUUGUCUGUCGGCUCCUCAAGCUAGGGAAUACAGAACCUGUCAUUGGAGAUCCGUCAUUUACACUCGUCAUAUGUACGUUCACUCACUACCCUUCUUCCCUCUGCAUACUUACACAAUCACCGCAAGCUGACUACUUAACUUCGGAUAGCGUAUAAUCGUGCAUAUACGAUACCAGGUGGACACCUGUCAUUCAAACUGUCUUUUACUUUAUUCCACAGUUAGGGUGUAUAACGCCGUGCACAAAUCGACUUUGAUCGCGCAGAACGGAGCAUUGUAUCAUUACGAAUUGCUUCCUUUGCAUUUUAUCCUGCAAGAAAGGAUGUCAUUCGCUUCUGAAAAACCUUCUAUUACCGAUUGAUUUUGGACCCGACCUAUCGUUACACUUGCAUUCAGCGUUCGCAAAAUGCAAGCUGUAUAUAUUUCCGUGCAGAAAAGUCAUACAUUUCUAUGCGCUAUUUGGAGGACGUCAUGUAGGGCUCAUAAAAUUUUGCAAUGGAGGUUGCCCAUUUUGUGUACUUUGUAACCAGCGUUGAUAAAUGGAGAGAUACGAUGAUUUAUGAGUGGAUCCUUCACGGCCUUAGAAAGUCCCAUAACCAGAAAAUUUUAAAGACGAAAAAUACCCUUUUCUUAAGUGCAAAAUAUGAAGACUUCAUAAUUUUCUACCAAAUGAGUUGAAGAAAGCAUACUUUUGAGCAUAUUUUCUAUAAAAUAUAAGGGAUAUCAGAAAUAAAUUGGAAAAACUCAUGCUGUUUAAGUAGUUGCUUUUUACAGUGUAGUUCUUACAGGCGGCCAGGAAGAAGGCCGUUCAGAAGCCGGAAUCCUGACAUGACUGAAAUAUCUAGCCAACGUUACAACCCAAUUUCAGUACUUUUGAAUAAAAUGCUCUUAAGAAAUUUAAUUAACGCACCAUAAGCAAUACAUCUAUUGUACGUCUGGAUCUUCGGUGGUUUGGUGUUCGUUCUACUGUUUCCAAACCUAUUAUCCUCUGCCUUCUGUUUGUAUUUCAUAUAUGCCAGUGUUGUCGGACAAAACUAAAUAAAAAAAUACAGACGCAGCCGCCCGAGGUUUGCGCCAUCCAAGGUUGGUGGGAAGUGGGGAAGAGAGUGCGGUAGACGCUGCGCAAGGUCUACUAUCACUUUAAACUAGUUCUCGCGCAAGUCACCGUGCCUGCUGCAUCUUGCUGUGUAGCACACGGUGGAUAUCGUCGGAAUCGACGGUCGAACUGUCGGGCGGGCGUAACUUCCUGCGGCUCGAAGACUCUGAACGCCACCUUAGUUUUUCUUGUCCUCAGUUUCAGGCCGGAUGUGUGGAAUGCAGGAAUUACUUGGCGCAGCUCAAAUUAUGUUUCCCCACAGGAGUUACCAAGCAAGGCUUUUCUGCCGGCUUCAUUAUGCUUCUAAACGCGAAGGUCCUGCCCCGUCUGGAUGCUCCUGUUGUGCGGUGGAGGGGCUGUCGACAGAGCCUAAUUUAAUGCAUUGUUGAGGAAGGACACAAUAGUGUCCCGAUGGGCGGCGUUAAAUGCGAUGACAAAGUUCACGGAACGCCACAAUACUCUGCCGGUUGCCAAAUCGGUAUUCCAACUUCUGCCGAAGCGAAAAGAUGCCGAUUCACUCACUUCUUGGCCGCUGUUCAAAGUCACACUCACUCAUGUGCGCACGUCGCAUCACAAACGACAACGAUUGAGGAGGAUGCCUGAGAAUAACAUGAUGUUGUAGUAGUCCCUACAAGUGAGCUGUCACCUUUUUGGAAUAAGAGUAAGGAUAGCCUCAAGGCAGCGGGUGAACACACAUCCUGUUUUCAAGUGUGGGUUUUAUAUCUAUAGGAAAAAUAGCGUUACCGACCACGACGUUGUUGGAAUGGGCAUUUCUUGCUUAUUAGCCUUCGUCAGCCGGUCAUACCCAACGCCGAGGUUUGGAACACCUGCGGCUCGAUCCCACGACCUGUUGGUUAGGAGUCCAUCGCCCCUAACCACUGAGCCUCGGGCGUUCCACACACCGAGGUUGGGUAUGGCUGGCUGACGACGGCUAACAAGCCAGAAAUGACCACCCUAGCCUCGCUUAUCUUUGUCUGUAAUGUUAUUCUACCUAUUUCACGCGCCGCUUUGUGUCUGUUGGCGGGGCUCGAGAGGGAGCCCCAAGGCACAACGGGUCGAGUGACUUCCAUAGCGCGAUCGCUGAGCGUCCUAUCAUCUGAUGACUAUCGUGUUAAACAACUGUUGUCCAUCCUCUUCCACAAUUAAUCUGUUCAGUAGACCAUUGUAUGCCGUCAUACUUACAUCCCAGUACCGAAGCGCUGUCAAACUCCACGGCGUAGAGGGGGCUGAACCCGCCGAAAUUGUCCUUCCACCGGAUAUGUUGUCUGUCACUGGCACUAACACUGCUCCCUUGUUGUGAAAUCCUUGAAGCCAAUUGGUCCUUCCACAAAAUCCUUUGUAGCCCUCCAACAUCGAUGUUAGCUGCGUGUAAUUGCGGCAUCGAAUGGCUCUGUUUCAGAAUUCGUUACGAUCAUGCGUCACCUCGCGAGUCAGGCAUCUGAUAUUCAUGCCGUCCUGAAAACAAGCAACUCUGACGUUAUUAUGCAGUCGAGAUUUUUCAUGAUAUAGGGUGGCGCCUUUCCAGGAAUACUUCACAUCUGAUAUGCUAUCUCACGAAAUUUUGGCUGAAAUUCUGAACUGUGUUUUCAGUUCGAAAAAUUACUUUAGUAGGGUUGUAAUGUCAAUUGUCAUGUUGCACAAUAUCAAGAUAUUCCAUUCACGUCAGGAUGUCGACUUCCAAAUGUGCUCGCACAAACUACAUUCUGUAAAAAUGGCUACUUUACUAGCAUGGAUCUUACCAUCAAUUGUUGACACCCUUACAAAUUCAAAUAUAUCCCAUAGAAAAUAUGCACAAAAUAUUCUUUCGUUUGCUUAUUUCAUCGCUAAUUACGUAUUCUCCAAAUUUUUCAUUUGGAUAAAGAAUAUAUCUCGAUUUUUAAAAAAAAAGUUCUCAAUUCCCGAAUAAUUUUGAACCUCAUCUGCUGUUACACAUGCAUUCAGGGUUUUAGAACUACAAACUGUAUACUUUUCGCGUAAGGAGACUCGUACAUUUCCAUGUGCUAUUAUAAUAAAAUUUUGUAAUGGGUGUGGGCCACACUGUCCACUUUAGUAAAUGUGCUGAUGUGAUGCUGUACAACAGCACAUUAAAAACUCUUUCAAAACCGGACACUACUCCUUUUUCAAGUAUAACAUUUGAAGAAGACGUAAUUUGCCACCAUAUGAGUACAAGAAUGAGUAUUUUUGCACAUGUUUUCUAUAAAAUCUCUUUGAAUUCACAUGGGCGUUAAAAAUCAAUGGUAACAAUUAAUGCUACUUCAGUAGUCAUACCUUGCAGAAUGUAGUUUGCACAAGCGUUCGACAAGGAGCUCAUUCGGAAGCCGGCAUCAUGGCGUGACUGGAAUAUCUCGAUGUUAUGUCACACGAUAAUUGAUAUUACAACCGUACUAAGGCAAUCUUUUCGAAUUGAAAACACAGUCCGGAAUUUCGGUCGGCAUUUCAUGAGAUAGCACAUCUACUGUAUGAUUAUCGAGGCUAUAUUUAUUUGCAGGUCGCGCCUCCACAACAACGCAUAGUUUGAGACUUAUUUAAACCCUCUUUUCACCGUUGUCGUUGCGGACAUCGGAUCUAUCGCUGAACCGGUCCGGUCCAGUCCCUGUCAAUACAUUCCACUUCAAAGGGCAAUUUGGCGAGCAUACGUCUGCUUUCGAUAAAUUCUCUUCAGGCCUGUACGUUUAUAUGGCUAUUGAAGUAAUGAAUGCAAAAGAUACGGGCAAGUAGAUAAUUAAGCUGUAGCCGCCUCUGCCGUAGCCGAAAAGCGCUGCACAAGCAGUUUUGGAUAGCUUGAUAGGACCUUGUAGAUCACUUUGAAGGCCUCUCUGGCGUCUGCACGGUGGUCUGUGUCUAUCAUGUGCUCGAGGAUCGAGCUGUUGAUCGAGGAGCUUAAGAUAAUCGAAAGCCUGUUUCGGCAAAACGGGUAUCCUGAUCGAUUCAUUGCUAAGAACAUGGCCGAAAGACCACAAAAGCCCCCUAUACUGACGGCAGGAAAGAAAAGGCCCUUUAUCAGGGUCCCAUUCCAAGGGGAUGCACAAAGUGGACUUUUAAGAAGACGCCUAACCCAAGCUGUAUCACAGACCUUUCCAACAGCUGACACCCGUGUACUGUUCUCCACCAGUCCCAUCCUAUACGGAGAUGGCAAGGACAAACUAACAGCUCAGGCCACCUCUAUGUGUAUUUACUCUUUCACCUGCUCCUGUGGGGCAGAAUAUAUUGGUGGCACGAGCCGGCGUUUAUCCAAAAGAGUGAAAGAACAUCUCCCAGCAUGGUUAGGAAAGGGACAAAUAAAGAACAUCAACAGCUCGAUCCUCGCGCACGGGGUAGACACAGACCACCGUGCAGACGCCAGAGUGACCUUCGGAGUGAUUUGCAAGGUCCCAUCAAGCUGUUUUAAAACUGCUUGGGCAGCGCUUGUUAGCUACGGCAGAGGCGGCUGCAAUCAGGCUACGCCGACUGGUCCUAUGCACACGGAAAAACUUCAUACAAGUCCCACAGUUACCAUGGGUCAAAGCCACCAAGCUAGCCACCCGCAUUUAAUUACCUUCGCCGGGACCCACCUUCUCCUGGGCGCUGACUGGAAUUUUGGUGUUUCACUCACCCCCUCCCCUCCCCCAACCUGAGCUACAGCUUAACUAUCUACUUGCCCGUAUCUUUUAAUUCAUUACUUCAAUAGCCAUAUAAAUGUACACGCCUGAAGAAAAUUUAUCGAAAGCAGACGUAUGCUCGCCAAAUUGCUUUUUGAAUUUUACAAUGGGAAUUUUCGCAACUCCAAAACAUUCCACUUCUUUGUUGGAAACUUUGUAGAGCUCGAGAUAUCUGAGGAGCUGAGUGGUCUUGUUUCUUCGUACAGUUAAUUGGCUGUUAGUUACCUCCCAACAUACGCAUUUGAGUACUCCAAAUCAGCUAAGAUAUAUUCCCCAGGCUGUCUCCAAACGCAUGGUCAGCCGAAGAAAAAGAUAGGCUCACCAGAACGGGUUUAUUUAAAUGCUGACUUUUCGAAGAGCUUAGUCGGUCUCCUGCUGUUCGAACUUUCUCUCCUCUCUCUGCUGACGGGUAUUUUGUCUGCAUGCUUUGAGUCACCACUUCGUCGGGGGGAGGUGAUUGAACCUUUGUCGGGUGGUCGGUCUGGUGGUUCUUGUUCUUCCUUACCGAAUAAACUCGCCGUCGGGCUGUCUCCGUAUGGCCUUCUUAAGUCCGGUGUGGUUGUUUGGUCCUGAGCUCUACGAUUCUGAUGACGGAGGACUUUGUAAGCUGCAGGAAGGUCCAGAUGUCUCGGAGAUGGGCAUCGGAGAACCACGCCUCGAGAGUUAGCCGUUCUACUUUUGUGUUGUCCCGGCCGAAGAUGGUAGCUCACUAGAGAUCGAAAGUAUGUCCAGUUUCUCCAACGCAUGUUGCUAAUUGAGACUGCGUCUAACCUCCGAGUAGCCGAUUUGUCCUUUUGUAGGCGAGUCUGCAAUUUCUGCCCGGUUUCUCCCACAUAGUUGCUGUCGCCCUCAUUGCGAUUUAUUUUGUAGAUAACUGCUGAGGUUUCGGCGGCUGGCAAUGGGUUCUUAGGUUGCAUCAGACGGCGUCGUGUUGUUGCCUGGGGUCGGUAGGCUAAGCCUACUCUGGCCUCGGCCUUUCGGGGGGGGGGGGUGGUUGGCGGACGUUUUGGCGGUGUGCUUUGUGAGCCCAUCUUUUUCUUUAACCCAGACCUCUCAGCUUUGCCAAUCUGAGCAUGUUCAUCUGUCUGGUUCUUCCUACAGUCAGCGGGGACUCGCGUCCGUGCACUGACGCGGGACGAAUUGCCCCCCGACUUCUUCACAGUUUCUCGGGAAGAACUUCGUCGGCUGAUGGAGCAACAGCAGAAGGCUCAGGAGGAGAGUGGAAUGCUCUUGACCAAGGCCAUGCGAGAACGGCUGAAGACUCGGGAGCGUCGUCUCUACCGUUUUGUCCUCAUACGCAUACGGCUGCCGGGUGAAUUGGUUCUGCAGGUACGUCGUCUCAUAUCCACACUGGUCUAUUGCCAUCUGUCCGUCAGUCGAGUCCUGUCGACGAUGACUCUGAGUCGACAAAGUGUUUGCGCACACUCGGUGGUGUAAUAAUUCCUCGUGUUCCCGACGUCAGACUAGUCGUGUACACCUUCAAUCUGUACCUUUUAUUCUUAUCUACUUCAACUGAGGUAUUUUGUGGUUGUCAUGCAAGUACUUAUGUCAUCUCAUUUUGUAGUUAGCUUUGCUCCUAAACAUAGAAGGCCUGUUCUGAUAAUGCUUUGUGAACUCUAAGCACCGACGACUUGACUGGGUUUUUGAAACUAGUAACCUAGUUGUUUACCCUUUAAACAUCCAAACCACUUGAGGCGUGGACUCCCUGUCGGCCACAAAAGCUGUAUUCACCCGACUUUUGACUUUUCCACUCGAAAGCAGGCAGUGGCUUAUUGAGAUCAAGUUGUUACGCGACGGCAUGCCUGUUUAUUGUCAGGCCGCGCCGGACUCGCUGAUCAUGGGCCGUUCACCACAGACGUUCAUAUUUAGUUUGUGUGCUUAUGUGGAAGUAGUCGACAAGACAAUCGUUACACAGGUCUCUGCUGUAAGUGAUCGCAUCGUCCGAGGAAGAUCUUAAUGCUGCAUAAGUUAGACGAGGUCGUUGGUUGAAUGCUUGACCCCUGCUCCGAGGAUCAUAUGCAGUCGGUGACCGAUCUCACGAAAUGUCAAUCGAAAUUCUGAAAUGCGUUUCGAUUAGGAAGGAUUAGUUGAGUGGGAUUUUAAUAUUGAUUCUCAUACAGCCUGAACCCAAGACAUUUGAGACACUCCGAGAUGUAGCCUUUUGAAUGCGCCUCUUUUGGCCGCCUGCAGAAACUGCGUUCGGUAAAAAAUUACUUAAGUGAUAUUAUUUUUUCUGUUUCAUCUGCAAAUUCAAGCAUAUUUAGUAGGAAACAUACACAAAGCAUUCUUCCUUGUGCUCGGUUGGUAGAAAAUCACUUCUUCAAAUUUGAUACUCAGAGGAAGGAUGUAUUUGGCCUCAGUUCAGUUCUCAAGCAAUUGUGAGCCUUAUCUACCGUUUCAGUCCACAAACUGCCUUACUUCCUUGUAAGAAAAGCCCUGCAUUCGACUAUGCCAUUAAGAAGACAAACUAUAGGGCUCAUAACACUUUGCACUUUAUGUCGGUUGCUGGUAACUACGGCAAAUUCAAAAGUGCGCUUCAGUGCUGGAAACUGGUUCGCACAUCCACGUCCAGCAUAAAAUCCGGCUUGUUUGGGCCUCCUCCUAGAGUCACGCAGAGUCUGGAAUCGACUGAGAAAGACCGCAGCGAGGAUCUUCGCAGUUACGCCCAUGAGGCUUAUGCCGCGGAUUCACAGGCGACCCACCCGACCCACGGGGGAAAUGAAUGUGCAGCGACGAUGUGGGCAGGAUAGCUUAGGAGAUGCUAGGUCCGUCGCCGUUGUGGGGCCGCUGGUUGAUGGGGAGUCGAUUGAGCUGGAGAUGGAAGAUUUGACGGAUGCGCAAGGUGUGUCGAUAUUGCGACGAAUUCAGUUUUUGUGGGUACACAUGUGACCAACCAGGCCCACAUGGUGAAUGAAUGUGCGUGGAGUGUGUGCUCAGCGAAGGCGCAUGCGAUGAGUGCAUGGCGGGGCUGCGGGCACUGGUGCGCCGGUCGCAGUGGGAUGGAUCCGUAAGUACCGAACAGGUCGUACGUGAAGUGAAUGUGGGGCGUGGGGUGGUUGUGGUGGUUGAUGAGGUGUUGGGAGUGGUUGGAAACGGAGCUGUGGUGGUCAUCGCCGCCGCCACGGAGUUUGUGACAGGAGUGGUGGUGAUGGACGGCCACGCGGCACCGAGAUCGUGAUCCGCAGUGGGGGGCGGGGGCUGGUUGUCGUCUUGGACUCCGUGGGGUUGGAGCAGGGGCGAUUGGGGAGGCAGCACUUUGGGUUGUCGGAUCAUUAGUGCGUGGGGUCCGGGGACGUUUACAGCAGUGGCAUGUUUGGAGGGGUUUGGCUUCGGCGUUGCGAGUCAGAGACGCCUGAGACCUGCGGGUUUCGCUUUUGACUCAGGCAAUAGCGGUCCGGCUGGCCUCGUAGAUUGAUGCCCCCGUCCUCGCUGCCUUUUUCUAGGCCGGCCAGAUCCGUGCGGGUUCUUUCUUGGUCUUCAGGUUCAUUUGUAAUCUCUUCAAAUGCUUCUUUAGGGCUGUCUUUCUAGCAGCCAACACCCGUAGCGGCAUAUUCUUAGAAGAGCCGUUUCGGUAGUCGCUCAUCGCCCGUCCUCACGAGGUGGCCGCUCCAUCUCAGUUGCAGUCGUCUCAGCAUGGCGUGGAUGCUGAGGAUUCCGGUCCGUUCCAAAACUCCUAUCCUGACAUCGCUAAUAAUUGAUUUACCGGAUACAGCGGAGGUAGUAGUGAUUGAGUUCCCGCUGCUGUUUUUUGUAGAUCAUACAGGUCUCCGAACAAUACGACAGCGUAAUCAAGAUGACAGCUUUGUAUGCCCUGAGUUUGGUGCUGGGAUGGAGAUUUGUAAACUUCAGCCGGGAUUACGUCAGUCCUCGGUGCUUUCUCGAUGAAGAGUUGGUGCACGGUUCGGAUAUUUUCUAGGAGGGGAGGGAAGUCCAAGUCGUUUUUCGUUUCCACUUGUAGAAGCUGGUCGAUGGCUCCCCGAACAGCAGACGCAGACUCAUGGCACGGUCGUUGACGCCCUGCGACAGACAGAGCAGAUGUCCAUGAUGUCGUUUUCGAUGGCUCAUCCGCUCCAGAAUAAGGCGUGGCCGGCACCCACCUCCAGUUUGCUAUUUCCGAAUACGAGAACCUCGCUAAGAUCAGGGAUGUCCACCUUGUAGCGCAGCAGUUCCCGAUCGACUUGCGCCGUUCACCGUUUCAGUCGGUUGCUCCUCGGAUCGUCUAAAAGUAAACAAACAUUCCAGAGUGAGCGGAAUCACCCUAACGGCCUGGAGGAUUGGGUGGAGGGAUGAGAAUGUAAGUUGUUGGUUAUAUGAUUGUUUCGACCAUGAUUUGUACAUCUGCGAGCCACGCUCUGCCUGCAGAUUGCCUGAUUUCCCAGCAUUCGUCUAAGGCACUUUUUCUAGGCCCUUCCCUUGCGAGCGCGUGAGCAUUAUUGACGCCCAAUUGGACUGCUUUGACAUCCCAGGAAGCUGGUGAACUCCACUAGGGGUCACGGCUCGAUUUAGGGGGAGAGCAACCACAGUUAGCCUGGAUCGUCUACGGGAUUGCAUGUCGCUCUCUCUGUAGGCCUUUUAAAGUGGAAGGGUGGCAAAGGCGAUGGGAGGUAGGAAAAGGAAUAAGGGAAUGGAAUGGGGACAGAGUUACCGGGUGUCGGGGCACGCAACACCGAAUAUCCUCAGCUGGUUUUGUUUGCUGGUCGAGGCGGUUACUGGGGUGUGAUCGCUAGGCAGAACCUAGCUUUGGGGAGUCGUAGAUGAGAUUUGGAUUCCAGUUCAGGACAGUUGGGAGUAGUCAUCAUUCAUAUGGUGUCCACAAUUGGACACCCCUAUACCCCACCAUGGGAUCAUUCUGAAUUAACGUGAAUCCAGCCCAGCCACAGAUGAUGCAUGGCUUCCUCCCCCUCUUCGGCAUUAUCAGAUUACUGAACUGUUAAGUCGGAGUACUUUCAUAGUCUCGGAAGAUGAACUCCCGUGUGAGUUCCAACGCUCAGACCAAAUACAGCUGACUUCUUGGUGGUAGCGUGUUCUUUUCAAAAAGAACCUGCGACUUGCAUAUUCACUCCCAUUCGUGAAUCCAAUGACUCCUCUGACAUUGCUUUAAAAAGUUGUUUCCUAUCCUGAAAAUUUGUUCCCUGAACUUGUAUUAUGGUAAGCAUCCCGAUGAUGUAAAGCAUUAAAAUCAUUGGGUUUUAUCUCGAAAAGGUCUAGGGCUUGUGAGACUUGUUUGACGCUACCUCUCCUUCAUAGUAAAAAAAUUUUUACCCUUCGUACUUUGCACAGCUGUAAGAGUUUGAAAGAUAAAAAAUAGGUUUGCUUUUUUAAUGAUCAAGCGACUUGCGAGCUACCUUAUAGUGCGGGAGCAUGUGCUCUAACAAAAACGCACGCAGUAAACGCACUGGACCAACAGUGGGGGGGGGAGAUUAUGGUACCUCAGGCGCUAUCAGGGGUGCGGGCCUAUAGCAGAUGCCACACGGGACUAUGGUGACACGCCUAAGCGCAGGCCUACGCCGCGCCAGCCACUUGCCUCCGAGCCCACCUCCGGCAUUCUCGACUCUGUCUUGACACCGGACUCAGGUGGAUAAGGGGGGGGGGGGAGAGCGGGAGGGCGGUGAAAGCCGCACAAGUCUACUAUCGCUGCACGCUAUUCCAUGCACAAGUCACUGUUUUUGCGCCAGCUAUGCUGUUGGACACAUGAUGGACAUCGUCUGUAAGCGUGUGCUAUGCUAUUUUUAGCAAACUAUGGCCAUCGCAGCCUGAUAUGCGCUGGCAGCUCCCCGACACCUGGUCACCUGCCGGCAGAUGUGCUUGCGCUCCCGCUGGGUAUACAGAUGGUGGUCAUGGCUGCCCAGUCAUCCCUCUCGUCCUGCCGACCCCUGUUGGGGUGUUGUUGUUGGUGAAAAUCGUGGUCAAGUGUAUGUUGUCGACCAGGAGCCGUGGUAGCACACCUAGGUGCGGGUCCGGACAUGCCAACCACCUGCGCCCUCCUCAGUCUCCGGUCUUCUUGAAUCUGUCUUGACACUGGAUCGAGGUGGGGAGUGGGGAAGAGAGAGUGUGGUAGAUGCUGUGCAGGUCUAAUAUCACUAUAAAUAAAUUCACGCACGAGUAACCGUGCGUGCUUCAUCAUGCUGUGGGGCACCCGGCGGACAUCGUCGGAAACGACGGUCGAACUGUCAGUGUGGAAACAUACGCACUGCUGUCGGUUGUGGUCUCGAAUUGCUCCUGCACUCAACUAUCUCAGCGUUCCCUUUGACUGGCGUCUCGAGUGGUAGUUGGAGCUGUUCAGACCUGGUAAUCUGCUGUCAUUUGCAUCGAGCAGGCACAAUUAUAGGAAAUCUGACUUAUAGUAGGUGGACUAACUCAUGAAAUGUCAACCGAAAUUCCGAAAUGCGUUUUCGCUUUGAAAAGAUUAAUUAGGUAGGUUUGUAAAACUAAUCAUUGUGCAGUAUAAAUCUAUAAUAAUUCAGUUAUCCUAGGACGCUGGCUUUCGAACAAACUUAUUUUCGGGUGCAUGCAGGAACUACAGUGUGUAAGAAAUGACUACUUAUGAGGCAUGCAUUUUUCUACUUGAUUUUUGAUGCCCCCCAAAAUUUAAUUAUACUUCAUAGAAAAAAUGCAUACAAUUAUUUAUUUUUCCACUCAUUCGGUAGAAAAUUACGUGUUUCAAUUUUACACUGGAAGAAAAGGUUUAAUUUGGCUGAAAGAAAAUUUUCCCAUUUCCGGAAAUAUGUCGAACUCGACCUGCCGUUGCACCUGCAUUCAGGGUUUCCAAACUACAAGCCGUAUUUUUUUUCCGCGUACGGAAAACCGUAAAUUUCUUUACUGUAUUCAGAGGAGAUCAUAUGGGGUUCAUAGAAUUUCGCAGUGGAUUUGGGCCAUAUUGCUAACUUUGAAAGUAACACUAGUAAAUGCAGAGACAUGACGUUUUAUGAAUGAACACGUAAUUUCCUACCGAAUGAGUAGAGGAAUUAUGCAUGUUUUCCAUGAAAUAUAAUUGACUUUUUAGGGGCAUCGAAAGUCAUUGAGAAAAAUGCAUGCUACUUAAGUAGUCAUUUUUUACACUGUUGUUCCUGCAUGCAACCGAAAAGAAGUUCGUUCGAGAGCCGGCAUUCUUAGGUAGCUGAUUUGUGAUAGAACUAUGCUGCAUACUGAUUGGUUUUAAAACCCUACUUAAUUAAUCUUUCCGAAACGAAAACGCAUUUCGAAAUUUCGGCUGACAUUUCAUGCGUUAGCCCACUUACUAUAAGCCUUAUAUUCCUGCCUUACCAGGGGCAGCCCCUCUUAUGUAAUUACACUUUUACCCCGAAGACGGGUUCACUCGUCGGUCUUCGACCGACUUGUUAAAACUCCCUUUUACUUUUCCUGACCCCCUCACAUCUCUCCCUCUACCUCCUCCGUAGGGCACAUUCCAAGCGUCGGAGACAUUGGACGAUGUUCGCACCUGGGUUCUGGACUGCCUAGACAAUCAGGCCGUUGUCUUCAAGCUCUGGUCUCCACCCGGCAUGCCAGGACUGGGCCGCUCUCCGACGGCUCGAGUCGCCCUGGAGGAUGGUUUGGCUUCACUGGUUGACUUGGGCCUGGCGCCCUGCAGCCUGCUGACUUUGUCUUUUGAGGAGGACAUCGCCGGUGGUCAGACCGCGGCGUCGGCGGCUGCCAACCUUCGUCCCGAACUCCUUCAGAGGGUGCAGCCCCUGUCCUAG